AUGAUGAACAGAAAUAGACUUGGAGGUGGGCGUGACAGACGUGGUUUUGGUGGAGGAGACGGACUUCUGGGCGAGGGACCUUGCAUGGGUGGAGGCUUAUUUGAGCCCAUGGUCAGCCCUCAAGUGAACCAGCUCAUUCUUGCUCAACAGCUUCUGCAUCAGCAGGCCACCCUUGGUGGUUUCGGUGGCGGGGGAGGCGACUAUGGACUGGGAGGUUUUGGGGGGAUGGGAUCUCUAGGCAACAUGCACUAUUUGCAGCAGCAAGGAAUGGGCUACGGCAACUCAGGAAGCAUGAGGAACGAUCGCAAAAGGCGAGGUGGUGAUCGAGACAGGUCUCGAGGUCGUGACAGCAACAGGAGUAGUGAGGGCAGAGAUCUAAAAGGUUCUAGUCGGGAUGCAGACAAAGAUCUGAGCAAAAAUCACAUAGAAAAGAGCAAAGAUGAUUCCGAGCCAUCCGGUCCUACAGAAGAGGAGGAUAAAAAGGAGAAGGAUAAAGACAAGGAAAAGGAAGGCAGUUUAUACUGUCACGUCUGCAAUGUUUCCGUCUAUGAUGAAGACAGUUUCCGUCGACAUCUCAACGGCAACAAACAUGCUCAGCGCAUGAAUAGUCUGCUCACUGUACACCAGCUCAAGAGCAAUCAGUUGAAGUCUCGGCUUCAGGCCGAGGAACAUCUUCGUAAAAUUGAGGGCAAGAAUGGUGCAGACCCAGAUUACUUCUGCAAGAUUUGCAAUAACAGCUUGACCAUCCCAUGGGAGAGACACAGGUUCUCCAACAUUCAUAAGCAAAGACAACUGCAGGUCAAGAGGGGCUGUGGCUGGUGCAAUGUUCAUGAUUUCACCAACUUUACUGAGGUGCUACAACAUCGUGAGACCGAGGAACACAAGAAGAAUGCAGAGCUGUAUGGCAAGAAACGAGACAGAAGUGGAAGCAGGGAGCAAGAGGAAACUGAGGACCUCACAGUGCCAGAAUACAACUCUGAAACCCCUGUCGGUGUCAACUAUGUAAUCCCAGUCACUGGAUUCUUCUGUAAAUUGUGCCACAAGUUCUACAACAAUGAGAAAUCUGCCAAAGGGGCCCAUUGCCAGACUGAAGCUCACUAUGAGAAAUUUAAGCUGGCAGUUGAAGCCAAGCAAGAGGCCAGAGAGAAGAGACUAGCGGAGGAAACUGCAGCUGCUGCAGAAAAGAAAGCCAAAGAAGAGAAGGACCAUGAUAUGGAUGAAGAAAAGGCUCAAAAGAAUGGUGGUAAUCAUGAGGACAAUGAGGACUACGACGAUGACCUGCCUUUGGAAGACGAAGACAACGAAGGUGGUUUGUUUGAUGACGGGUUGGGAAAGGAUACCACAUCAGAGUCUUUCUUGAAUGAAACAAGUGCCAGCUCCAGCUUUCUUUACUUGUCUGGGGACGUGGCGCAGGAGCAACGAGACCGAGACCUUCUGGGAGAUACUUCUGAUCUACGAUCUGACGAACAAGAUUUAUCGUACGCCACCUGUCAGAGCGGUGCCGACGAUGCCAGCAUGAAUGUAUCCGGAGAAGAAGAGGAUGCUGGUAAUGCAAGCGACGGUGACUCUACUCCAACUGCAACACCAGGAAAAUCAGCGGCAAAACCAAAAGGUUCAGCCAGUGCGAAGAAAGGCCGUGGCAAAGGGAAGGUUAAGAAAUGA